AUGUCAAGAAAAGUUUGGAGUUUUGUUAAUAAAUAUUUACAAAAAGAUGAUUUGGAUGUUUAUUUAAAUCAUAACAAAGUAUCAAAAUUUCGAACGGAAAAUGUGAAAGAUGGCAUUAAAGUUACAUAUCGUUGUUCGUCAUGUAGAAAAUAUUCUGAAUGUAGUUUUCAAGUUCGUGUAUUAUUUAAUUCUCAAAAUGAAAUAAUUGUGUCGACAAGUGAUACACAUAAUCAUAAAAAAAAGAGAUGA